AUGGCUGAUCAGGAGAACGGCGGGGGCAAAAGAGACGUCGAAGAUAGUGUUCCUGUGACUGAGCAGGAGCUUCAGGCUGAGAAAGAACAAGAGCAGCGCCGAGUGCGACUUCGUACUACUUUUAACACUCAAGCGAAUGCGCUUUUGCGGAAGAAUGUCACGUUUCAGAAACGCAACUGGGGUACCAACAUCUGCCUGGUGUCCAUGCCCAUCCUCAUGUGCGUGCUGCUCAAGAUCAUCGAAAUCGCCAUCAACGCCAUCCUCAGCGGCCCGGACUACCGCUGCGGCUGCGUCUGCACGGCCACGGGGCAGAACAACACAGGCUCGUGCCCCGAUCCUAGUCAGCAGACGUGCGGCCCGCAGUACUCCAACAACAAGCAGACCGCCUUCUGCGCCGUGCCGAGCCCGUACAUGUAUCCAGCCAUGGUCCAGGUGCCCACCCAGUACUAUCGGGCAGUUCAAACGCAGCAAAAUAAUUAUCCGGGCCUGCCCGACCCCUCCUGCCGCUCAGCAGCGAACAUCAACCAGUCCUGCCCGGCCAUUUUCCUCUAUACGGGCCAGAACCAGACCCUUGCCAAUGCCAUGGGCGCGUAUCUAACAAGCCCCUUCGACCUCGCCGCGUGGCAGAGCAUGCCAGGAGUCAACAUCACAACGGGUAACCCCGCAUCUGCGCCCACUCCGCCGCCCGCCGCGCCUGCUGCGCCCGCUGCCACUCCCCCGGCUCCUCCCGGGAGCACUGGCGGAAUGGGCGGAAGCGGCAACGCCACCAUGUACAAUGGCACUGUGGGACUCGCGCCCUACCUCUACAACUUUGCUGCGCUCGAGCUGGGCACGAACGCAUCCUUAACGCUGACGCUGAUCAUCGAGCCGGCCUUCAUGCCCGUCACAGACGACCCCAGCAAGCUGUACCUGCUGCAGCCCAACUGCUCGUCGCCCGCCAUGCUGCAGAACCCCAUCAGCUUCUCCUUCGACGGCUUCACGAGAGAACCCCUGCAGCUGUCCUGUGUGCCCACGUCGCCGCUGUGGCGACCAAGCACAGCAGCAAUCGACAACGAGCUUUACAACGGCUUCUACCAGGCUCAGACAGCGCUCUAUGGCGGGGAUGCCUCCAGCAACCAGUAUGCCGGAGCGUUUGACUUUAACACCACCACCGCCACGCGAUUCAACACCACAGUCUAUUUCAACUCCUCCUACGCGGGAUCCGGAGGCCAGGGGCCCCAGUCCGCAGUGCGCUUCCCCAAGGCCAUGAACAUGGCCACCAACGCGUAUCUCCAAGCGGUGUUCAGCGCAGCAGCGGAGCUCCCGUUGCUCUUCGUGAAGGACUUCCCCAAGGGCUCCACGGCGCUCACCCUUGACUUUGCCUCGCUCAUCGGCCCGCUCUUCUUCAUGUGGAUCCUGCUGCUGCUCUUCCCGGUGUGUGUGGGGUACCUGGUGUAUGAGAAGGAGAAGAACCUGCGAAUGAUGAUGAAGAUGCACGGGCUCGGAGACAGCGCCUACUGGCUCAUCUCCUAUGCCUACUUCUUCCUCCUCUCCUUCGUCUACAUCCUCUUUUUCGUCCUCUUCGGCUCCCUCGUCGGGCUCAAGUUCUUUCGAAUCAACAACUAUGGGCUGCAGUUCAUCUUCUACUUCGUCUUUGGCAACUGGCAGAUCGCCUUUGCCAUUCUUGUCGCCACCUUCUUCAAGUUCACCAAGACUGCUUCAGUGGUGGCGUACCUCUAUGUGUUUGGGGGAGGCCUCUUGGGCCAGUUCCUCUUUGGCUACUUCAUUGAAGACCCAGACUUCCCAGCCGGAGCCAUCUUUGCGCUGCAGCUCAUCCCGCCCUUCGCCUGCUACCGCGGGCUCUACGAGUUUUCCCAGUCAGCCUUCAUCGGCGCCUACCAGGCCACGUCCGGCACGCUCACCUUCAGCAACGCGGGCGAGUACGGCUUCUGGGGCGCCGUGGGCAUCAUGGCCGUUGAAUGGGUCAUCUUUGUACUGCUCGGCCUAUACCUGGAUCAGGUGGUGCCAACUGGCGGAGGGUCGGGGAAGCAUCCGCUCUUCUUCCUGGACGGCAUCAGGGGGCGCCACAAGCACGGCAACACGCUCUCCAGGGCCUCCCGAUCGCACCGCGCAUCGGCCAAAGGCGCAGUGGAGGCGGAGAAGGAGCGAGAAGACGUCAUGGCAGAGCGCGAGUUGGUGCAGCAGUUGUUGCAGAGGGACCAGCUGGACCACGGCUACUCGAUCGUCUGUGACAACAUGAGGAAGGUCUACCCUGGGAGGGACGGCAACCCCCCAAAGCUGGCGGUUCGGGCCAUGUCUCUGGCGCUGGCUCGGGGCGAGUGCUUCGGAAUGCUGGGGCCGAACGGGGCGGGCAAGACGACGUGCAUCCACAUGAUGAUUGGGCUGGUCAAGCCAAGCUCCGGGACAGCGUUCAUAGAGGGGAAGGACAUUCUAGAGGAGAUGGACGAUGUUUACACCAUCAUGGGGGUGUGCCCCCAGCACGACCUCCUAUGGGAGCAGCUGACAGGCAGGGAGCACCUCUAUUUCUACGGGCGGCUCAAGAACCUGCACGGGCAGGCACUGCAGCAGGCGGUUCUGGACUCUCUCAAGAGUGUCAACCUGCUGGCGGGGGGUGCUGCGGACAAGAAGGCCGGCAAGUACAGUGGAGGCAUGAAGCGGCGGCUGUCAGUCGCCAUCUCCCUCAUCGGCAAGCCCCCUGUGGUCUACAUGGACGAGCCCAGCACGGGGCUGGACCCAGCAUCGCGCUACAACCUGUGGGCCGUGGUCAAGGAGGCUAAGAAGGACUCUGCUAUUGUGCUCACUACUCACUCUAUGGAGGAGGCAGAGGCUCUCUGUGACCAGGAGGAGGCGGCUGCUGAGCUGGCAAAAUCGCUCUCGCCCAAUGCCAAGAAGGUCUACAGCCUCGCGGGCACGCAAAAGUUUGAGCUGCCCACUGCCGAUGUGAGUUUCGGGGAUAGACUGCCGGGUUCCUCUAUCCGUCUCUCUACCUCUGCUUUCUUCUGCCAUUGCAAUGCCUUGCUGCAAUCACCCUCUCCCCUCUCCUCCCCCUCCUCCCCCUUCCUCCCCUCUCCUCCCCCUUCCUUCCCUCUCCUCCCCCUUCCUUCUCUCUCCUCCCCCUUCCUUCCCUCUCCUCCCCCUUCCUCCCUCUCCUCCCCUUCCUCCCUUCCUCCCCCUCCUCCCCUCUCCUCCCCCUUCCUCCGUCUCCUCCCCCUUCCUCCCCUCUCCUCCCUUCCUCCCUCUCCUCCCCCUUCCUCCCCUCUCCUCCCCUUCCUCCCCUCUCCUCCCCCUUCCUCCCCUCUCCUCCCCCUUCCUCCCCUCUCCUCCCCCUUCCUCCCCUCCCCUCCCCUUCCUCCCCUCUCCUCCCCCUUCCCCCCCUCUCCCCCUUCCUCCCCACUCCUCCCCUCCCCUCCUUCCACUCCCCCCCCUCCUCCCCUCUCUACUGCAACAUGCAAGAGUGGCCCCCCUCCUCCCCUCCUUCCACUGGCCCCCCCUCCCCUCCUUGCACUGGCCCCCUCCUCCCCUACCUGUCGCACUUCUCUGUGCUACCAACCCCCUCCACUCCCCACUGUUCCUUCCCCUUUCCUUCCUUUGCCAGGUGAAGCAUGGCGGAUGUGUGUGCAACAGUAG